AUGUCCCUUAAAUCCUCAUUGCAAAACCGUGAAUUGACUAAUAAAAAUUGUCCCGGUUGCCAAGUCCAGGCCAUAACCAAAAGCACAUUCAUCAAAACAAAUGGCAGGAAAAGUUCAACGGUUAAAGGGCCGGGUCAUUCGGUAACGGCAUUGAAAAACUUUAACAGGCGAAACUCGGCCAGUUCAAUACAAUCGGCGGGGCCAAGUACCAGCAGCAACUAUGUGUCCAUAAGGCAAUUAUUAGCCAACCAGGAGGCAUGUCCGUUACCGAACAAUUGCAAAUUUCAGUUUACAGAGCAAAGGUGCAACUAUGAGCGGAUGGCGAAAUCGCACCACUCAUCCUCUUCCACAGCGUCGCCGUCGAAAAGCAGCGUCGCCGUCGAUGCAAAUACAGAUGCUGGUAAUACGCUCUCCUCGUUGCCAGAUGAACAGGCCGAUCAAAUAAGCUCCCAGUUUCUAGCUCUCCGUGAAUUUCGACUUAACAACCGCAACGAAUGUUUUGGUGAUGGACGGCACAUGGUUCAGGACGAAAUAGUCAAAUCUGAGAGUGACACACCGAAACAGUCGAACGAACAGUUGUUGUGGAUUCUAAACAAACAUGUAUCCUCCACCACCCCACCGUAUGCGCUGAGGCAAACCCUGUUGCGAACGGAACUAGCCAAGGAUUUUACCAAUCGGCUAAAACAAAUCGAAUACAAAAACAGGGGUUUAAAUAAAAGCCUAGCCUUGAGUUACCAACCGAUGUACAGUAUGAAGAAGACCUGA